AUGGACUUCAUAAAUAACUUCAAAAUGAAAGAAUGCUCUCUUAACAUUCUUAUCUGCAAUGCUGGCAUAAGCUGUCCCCCGAAAGAGUUAACUGAGGAUGGUUUUGAACAACAGUUUCAAGUGAAUUAUCUGAGCCAUUUACUUCUGACGUUACAUUUAAUGCCGAUAUUGAUAGCAUCAGGACCCGGAAGUAGGAUUGUUAAUGUUUCGUCGAUGUCCUAUCUCAGAGGGGAAUUCGAUUUGGGGAAUAUUCAGGGUCAGCAGUUGUAUGACAGACUGAAAUGUUAUGGCAACUCAAAGCUAUAUCAGAUUAUGUCAAUGUUUUGCUUGCAACGAAGACUGGACGAUUCAGAGGUGACAGUGACGUCAUUACAUCCGGGUAGCGUGGAUACAAACAUCGCACAAAGCUUUCAAGAUCAUUGGUUUCAGUAUAUCUAUAAAGGCUACAGGAAUCUUGGCCUAUUUAUUGAUGCAGAGAAAGCUGCUGCGGCGUGCAUAGACGUAGCAGUGAACCCUGAAUAUGAUGGUGUCAGUGGAACCUAUUUUGAGCAUGGUAAAAGAAAGAUUCCAAGCGCCCUCUCGAGAAGUGUCAAAAAACAAGAGGAAUUGUGGGAGUACAGUAUGCAAUGUCUGAAGGGAUAUUAUCAACAACGUGGUUACCUAAUAUGGUAG